GUAGGCGUCCCUGGGCAAGGCGGGCGCCAUCAGGGAGCGGAACACCUGGGCACCUGGUUGGCAGGAGAAGAGGGGAGGGCGCCGGAGAGUAGUGUGCCAAGGAUGAGAUCCGCCGGGGAUUUUUAACCGGAGCUGGGACGUAACUGGCGAGCUCGAUGGCUGGGCACGGGCGAUGGAGGAAUGCCUAGCGCGGGAAGGCAUGCACCAAACACUGAGCUCCACCAGUAUGUUUACUCCCUGUGGCUUCAGCCCUCAUCAUCUCCAUCCGUCCAAAGAAGGUAAUGAAGGAGGGCUGAUAUUUCAAGAUGGAAACCUUACCUCAGCAUCUCUCGAUGCUUUAAUCCAGCAUCUUACACCCACCGCUGACUACUACCCUGAAAAGGCCUAUAUCUUUACAUUUCUUCUGAGCUCUCGACUCUUCCUUGAGCCUCAUGAACUUCUGUCCCGGGUUUGUCACAAGUGCAUUGAACAACAACAGCUAGAUGACCCUGUACUGGAUAAGGCACGGAUCAAGAAAUUUGGGCCCAAAAUUCUGCAGUUAUUGACGGAAUGGACUGAAACAUUUCCAUAUGAUUUUCAGGAAGAAAAAAUGAUUGGUUGUUUGAAAGACAUUAUCCACCGGAUAGCUCCAUGUGAUGAGGGUUAUUGGAAAAAGAUGAAUCAACUUCUACAAACUCUGAACCAGAAGCUUGCAACUCUUAACCAUAGGCAAGAAGGGAUCGUGAAGAUCAACGCAGCUGUCUCAGACAAGGCAGUGGUUUUUAAAAACAAACCUCCAUCUAUUCAAAGAGAAAUGAUGAGUGUUUGCAGUGAUCCUUACACCUUGGCACAACAGUUAACGCAUGUGGAACUGGAAAGAUUGAGUCACAUUGGCCCUGAAGAAUUUGUACAGGCAUUUGUCCAUAAAGAUCCAUUGGAAAGCACAAAGCCUUGCUUCAGUGAACAGAAGAAGACUAGUAACCUUGAAGCCUAUGUGAAAUGGUUCAACAGACUCUGCUAUCUUGUAGCAACGGAAAUUUGUAUGCCUGCAAAAAAGAAGCAGAGAGCACAAGUCAUUGAGUUCUUCAUUGAUGUUGCUCGCGAGUGCUUUAACAUUGGGAAUUUUAACUCUCUGAUGGCAAUCAUAUCGGGCAUGAACAUGAGUCCAGUUUCCCGGUUAAAGAAGACCUGGUCAAAAGUGAAAACAGCCAAGUUUUUUAUUCUUGAGCAUCAAAUGGACCCUACUGGUAAUUUUUAUAACUACAGAACUGCACUAAGAGGAGCUGCCCAUCGGUCCUUAACAGCACACAGCAACAGGGAAAAGAUUGUGAUCCCAUUCUUCAGCCUACUGAUCAAAGACAUUUACUUUCUGAAUGAAGGAUGUGCCAACCGCCUUCCAAAUGGGCAUGUGAACUUUGAAAAAUUCCUGGAACUGGCUAAACAAGUAGGAGAAUUUAUAACAUGGAAACAAGUGGAAUGUCCAUUUGAGCGAGACGAUAACAUCAUCCAUUACUUACAUACUGCACCCAUUUUUACGGAAGACGGUUUGUAUCUGGCUUCCUAUGAAAGUGAAAGUCCAGAAAACCAAACUGAAAAAGAAAGGUGGAAAACUUUGAGGUCAACUAUCUUAGGAAAGACUUGAAGAUAAAGAUCUAUAACUACAGUAGGACAAAAAAUGUAUCGGCAAAACUACUUUGCACUAUUCAUUCCAAAGAUGCCUAUUUGGGAUUUAGGAAAUUUUAUUCUUUAUUUUUGUGUGCAUUUUUGGACUCUUUACUGUGGUUAACUGGAUUCAUCCACAAGACUCAACAGACGUGUCUUUUUACUGCAUGCACAGUAAUAUUUUCCGUCUGUGCUCUACAGCAGAAACCCAAUGGCCGGCUUGUUCAUGGCUGUACUGGAACCACGUCCUUAUCACUGUAUUACCUUGUCUCUCUGAAGGAAGAGCAAAUGGCAAGGAGAGUCAUGGUGCUGCAAAUACAAAACAAUCUCCACUGGAAAGGUACAGGGUGUGUUAUCUCAGAAGCAGUGUGUAUCCAAGGGUAACUCUGCAAGAACUAUCAGAAGUAAAUUCUGCCAAACACAGGAGAAGCCUGUUCCUUGCUACGCAAGAACCUUGUUUUCCCUCCACAGUGUUCAGCCUCAGUGAACAGUAUUAUGACAUCAGGAGAUAAAACGCUGACACAAAACCAGGUCGGUAUGGAAAACCCAGGCAAGCUGUAAACAUUUGAAACAAACAAACAAACAAAAAAAGCAUUCAAGCUGUGUACGUACACAGUUUCUUCUUGUUUUUUGAGGGGCAAAUCAUAAUAUAUAUUUUUUCUAAUAGGUCCGCCGUGUCAUCAACUUGAGCUGUUCUGAUGAAGUAAAUGGUUUUUAGUCUGACUUACCUCUAUUCAAACCAUGUAGCAUAUUCUCCAGUUUUGUUUGCUGAUGGUAGAAAGAACUGUAUUCAAGGGGCCUUACCUCACCAUAAUAUGACAAGAACUUGUUAAGGGCUCUACCCAUUGUUGUUGUUCUUUUAUUUUUUCCCCACUCAUUUUACUGGUGAAGCAAAGAGCAUUUCAGAAGGGGCAUUUCUUUGACAUUAGGGCUCUUAUUUCACUCUGUGACAUGUUGCACUAUGGCAAAAUAACUGUCAAUACAUUGUUUAUAAGAUGCAUUUCUUAUUUUUUGUAAUUCUAUUUAUGUGUGACCCAAGGUCACUGCCUUCUGUCUGUAGGAACAGUAAGUCACCUGUCACAUCUGCCAUGCUAUUUGAUGGAGAUCAGGGAGCUGCAGAAUACUUUGUUAUAGUUGUAUUUACUAUGCUUUUAUGUGGAACAGGUAUAAAAUUACUGUUUUUAAUAAUUUAAAUAUAGUGUGGAAGCCAAAAUCCUAGCUUCUGUUGCUCACUGUAUAGAAAAACUUUGGGGAGAGCUGCAAAUCUUCAUUUUAGAAACUGGGUCUUUGUUUUAUAAUCAA